AUUGCUUACGUUUUGUUAGUAGUUGCUGAUAAUAAUUAAAAACAUGCCACCUAAAAAGGACACGAAGGGCACAAAAGAUAGCACGAAGGGUGGCAAAAAAACAGCAGCAGAUGACAAAGGUGCCGGCAAAGAGAAGAAGGGCGGCAAUGCUGUCAAGGUUCGGCACAUUCUCUGCGAGAAGCAGGGCAAGAUUAUGGAGGCCAUGGAUAAGUUGAAGGCGGGCCAAAAGUUUCCCGAGGUGGCGACCGCUUACAGCGAGGACAAGGCACGUCAGGGCGGCGAUUUGGGCUGGCAAAUACGUGGCGCCAUGGUCGGUCCCUUCCAGGACGCGGCCUUCGCUCUGCCCAUAUCCAAUGUGAAUAAUCCAAUUUACACGGAUCCACCGAUUAAAACGAAAUUUGGCUACCACAUCAUCAUGGUUGAGGGCAAGAAAUGAAUACUGAAUUUUAUAAAUCCUAUUUAUUGUGAGCAUAUUAAAAUAAAAAAAUAAAUUGUUUUAUCUA